AUGGGUGAGCACGCCGCCCUCGGUUCCGUGGGACCGCUCCUCGGCGCGCACACCGGGGACACCUUCUACCUGCCCGGUUUCCGCGCCCCCGGCCCGCUGCCGCGCCGCCGCGGAGACGCCGUCUGCGCGCUGCCCUGGGCUCCGGGGGAGCCGGCGGCUAGCUGCUGCCCGGAGGCUUACCUGAGCGGAGUCAGCCGGCCGUGCGUCCGGUCCGGGACACUGGCCAAGAACUUCUACGGGGAGGGGGUCGCUCACAAGCGCUGGGUGGGCGUGGGCCCGCCCGCCGUCGCCGCCGCCGGACAGAUCAAGUGCCCGUUCCCGGCCGCCGCCAAAACGCAGGAGGGCUGUCCUGUGCUGGAAACCGAGUGCGCGUCCCCUCUCCCGAGUUCCGUCGGCGACCCGGCCGGCUGCUGCUCCUCGCCGCUCGGCCCGCGGGAAGCGUUCGCCGAUUCGGCCACGCCCUGGUACCCUCUCCACUGCCGGACCAGGAAGAAGCGGAAACCGUACUCCAAGAGCCAGAUCGCGGAGCUGGAAGGGGAAUUCACGGUGAACGAGUUCAUCACGCGGCAGCGGCGCCGGGAGCUCUCGGACCGGCUCGUCCUGAGCGACCAGCAGGUCAAGAUCUGGUUCCAGAACCGGCGGAUGAAGAAAAAGCGGUUGCUGCUCCGCGAGCAAGCUCUGGGCCUCUACUAG